GACACGGGGCAUCCCCCAGCACCCACAGGGCCAUCACCAGGACACGGGGCAUCCCCCAGCACCCACGGGGCCAUCACCAGGACACAGGCUCUCUUCCCUCAUCCUGAAAGUCUUGCAGGUACUUUGGGGCCUGUUAGAGCUUUUGCUUGACAAGUCGUCAUCGUGGGGUGCUCUGCACGGAUUGUCACGUAAUUCCCUGUCAGCGACCCUUCCCAUAGCAACAUUUUCCGGGGCCUUCCGUACACAACUCUGGGUGGUCACCCUGCUUCCGGUCUUGGCCUUCCCAGCAGUGUCUCUGCACUGCCACUGGGCUCAUCCUUGCACAGCUCCCCACGGGACGUGGUGUCGGGAGGACUGAUCCCUGCUGCGUUUCAUUUGUCAGCAGUGGUGCCUCUCAUGGGGCGACACUCGGUGUGUGCGGUGAAUCUGACCUCAUCAUCCUUCCAAGCGGAGCAUUCCCACAGCUUCCCAUUGCCAAGGAUGACACCCCAGUCCCUGUGUGUGCGCGACUCUGGUGGCCCAUGUGACCACCCGCUGGGGGCAGAGACCAUGGUUUAUGCUGGGUGGCCUUGCAUCUCUUUCUCCCACUGACCUGCUCCUGGACAUGGAGACGGCCCGUUGCCCGCUGGCAUCUCCACCACCCAGCAUCGUGAGCAGGGCUUUAGAGGUCCCCAAAGGGUGGCUGAAAAAACCAGAAGACAGUUCAGGCCUUCUAGGGCAAGGACCGUAUUGCUGCUCUAUUGCCCUUGCCCGUGUUCUGCACCGUGCAUAGGCCGAACAUCUGGAGUACUUAUUUACAGAGUUAUGAGUGAAAACUGGAACUUGGGAUGUCCUAUAAUAAUAGCUGGGAAAAUAUGUGAUUCCCUGUAUAGUAACAUAUAUAUGUAUUCUGACACACACACACACACACACACACACACUCUGCAGGGCAGUUGGCAGCCUAGUGACUGGGCUGUGCCUGGAUAUUCUGACUUUAUGGUUUGUUUUCUUUAAGUGAAGAUCAAGCCGGUCGAGAGGACAGCGCGCUGGCCCGCUGGGCCGCAGACCCGGCCAACACAGCCUGGAUGGAGAAUCCAGAAGAAGCAAUUUACGAUGACGUUCCAAGGGAAAACUCAGACUCUGAACCAGGUUUGAUUUUGUCUGCAAUUGAUUUGAGGAGAUUCAGCUCAGCAGCCUUUCCCUCUGGAUGCAAAAAUGAAAUGAUUUAUGAUGAUGUUGAGAAUGGGGAUGAAGGUGGAAACAGCUCCUUGGAAUACGGAUGGAGUUCGAGUGAAUUUGAAAGUUACGAAGAGCAGAGUGACUCGGAGUGCAAGAAUGGGAUUCCCAGGUCCUUCCUGCGCAGCAACCACAAAAAGCAACUUUCUCAUGACCUAACCCGUUUAAAGGAGCACUAUGAGAAAAAGAUGAGAGAUUUGAUGGCAAGCACGGUGGGCGUGGUGGAGAUUCAGCAGCUCAGGCAGAAGCAUGAACUGAAGAUGCAGAAGCUCGUGAAGGCUGCGAAGGACGGCACCAAGGACGGGCUGGAGAGGACCAGGGCGGCCGUGAAGAGGGGCCGCUCCUUCAUCAGGACCAAGUCUCUCAUCACGCAGGAUCACAGAUCUUCUCUUGAGGAAGAGCAGAAUCUGUUCAUUGAUGUUGACUGCAAGCACCCAGAAGCCAUCUUGACCCCGAUGCCCGAAGGUUUAUCUCAGCAGCAGGUUGUAAGAAGAUAUAUACUGGGUUCAGUUGUCGACAGUGAAAAGAACUACGUAGAUGCUCUUAAGAGGAUUUUGGAGCAAUAUGAGAAGCCACUGUCUGAGAUGGAGCCAAAGGUUCUGAGUGAGAGGAAGCUGAAGACGGUGUUCUACCGAGUCAAAGAGAUCCUGCAGUGCCACUCGCUGUUUCAGAUCGCGCUGGCCAGCCGCGUUUCUGAGUGGGACUCCGUGGAAAUGAUAGGCGAUGUCUUCGUGGCUUCGUUUUCUAAGUCCAUGGUGCUGGAUGCAUACAGUGAGUAUGUGAACAAUUUCAGCACAGCCGUGGCAGUCCUCAAGAAAACAUGUGCCACAAAGCCCGCUUUUCUUGAAUUUUUAAAGCAGGAACAGGAGGCCAGCCCUGAUCGAACCACGCUCUACAGCCUGAUGAUGAAGCCCAUCCAGAGGUUCCCACAGUUCAUCCUCCUGCUCCAGGACAUGCUGAAGAACACCUCCAAAGGCCACCCUGACAGGCUGCCUCUUCAGAUGGCGCUGACAGAGCUCGAAACAUUAGCAGAGAAGUUAAAUGAAAGAAAGAGAGAUGCUGAUCAACGCUGUGAAGUUAAGCAAAUAGCCAAAGCCAUAAACGAAAGAUACCUGAACAAGCUUCUCAGCAGUGGAAGCCGAUACCUCAUUCGAUCAGAUGAUAUGAUAGAAACAGUUUACAACGACAGAGGAGAGAUUGUUAAAACCAAAGAGCGCCGACUCUUCAUGUUAAAUGACGUGUUAAUGUGUGCCACCGGCAGCUCACGCCCCUCUCAUGACAGCCGUGUGAUGAGCAGCCAGAGGUACUUGCUAAAGUGGAGCGUUCCACUGGGACACGUGGACGCCAUCGAGUAUGGCAGCAGCCCAGGCACGGGCGAGCACAGCAGGCACCUUGCCGUUCACCCACCGGAGAGCCUGGCUGUGGUUGCUAACGUGAAGCCAAACAAAGUUUACAUGGGGCCAGGACAACUGUAUCAAGAUUUACAAAACUUGUUGCAUGACUUAAAUGUAAUUGGCCAAAUCACUCAGCUGAUAGGAAGCCUUAAAGGGAACUAUCAGAACUUAAACCAGUCAGUAGCCCAUGACUGGACAUCAGGUUUACAAAGGCUUAUUUUGAAGAAAGAAGAUGAAAUCAGAGCUGCGGACUGCUGCAGAAUUCAGUUACAGCUUCCUGGGAAGCAAGACAAAUCUGGGCGACCGACGUUCUUUACAGCUGUGUUCAAUACGUUCACCCCUGCCAUCAAAGAGUCCUGGGUCAACAGCUUACAGAUGGCAAAGCUCGCCCUGGAAGAGGAGAACCACAUGGGCUGGUUCUGUGUGGAAGAUGAUGGGAAUCACAUUAAAAAGGAGAAGCAUCCUCUCCUCGUCGGACACAUGCCCGUGAUGGUGGCCAAGCAGCAGGAGUUCAAGAUUGAAUGUGCUGCUUAUAAUCCUGAACCUUACCUAAAUAAUGAAAGCCAGCCAGAUUCAUUUUCCACGGCACAUGGUUUCCUGUGGAUCGGAAGUUGCACCCAUCAAAUGGGUCAGAUUGCCAUCGUCUCGUUUCAAAAUUCCACCCCCAAAGUCAUCGAGUGCUUCAACGUGGAAUCUCGCAUCCUGUGCAUGCUGUACAUUCCCGUUGAGGAGAAGCGCAGAGAGCCUGGGGCACCCCCGGACCCCGAGACCCCGGCCGUGAGAGCUUCUGAUGUCCCCACGAUCUGUGUAGGGACGGAGGAGGGAAGCAUUUCCAUUUAUAAAAGCAGUCAAGGCUCCAAGAAAGUGAGACUUCAGCACUUUUUCACUCCUGAGAAGUCCACAGUCAUGAGCCUGGCCUGCACGUCUCAGAGCCUGUACGCUGGCCUGGUCAACGGGGCGGUCGCCAGCUACGCCAGAGCCCCAGAUGGAUCCUGGGAUUCAGAACCUCAAAAAGUGAUCAAGUUAGGCGUCCUACCAGUUAGAAGUCUACUCAUGAUGGAAGACACGCUGUGGGCGGCUUCUGGAGGUCAAGUCUUCAUCAUCAGUGUGGAGACUCAUGCUGUAGAGGGUCAGCUGGAGGCCCACCAGGAGGAAGGCAUGGUGAUCUCCCACAUGGCCGUGGCCGGCGUCGGGAUCUGGAUUGCCUUCACCUCGGGGUCCACGCUCCGCCUUUUUCACACGGAAACUCUCAAGCACCUGCAGGACAUCAAUAUCGCCACCCCUGUUCACAACAUGCUGCCAGGGCACCAGCGGCUGUCGGUGACGAGCCUGCUCGUCUGCCACGGAUUGCUGAUGGUCGGCACCAGCCUGGGAAUCCUCGUGGCCCUGCCGGUCCCACGUCUGCAAGGGAUUCCCAAAGUGACCGGAAGAGGCAUGGUCUCCUACCAUGCACACAAUGGUCCUGUCAAAUUCAUCGUCCUGGCCACAGCUCUGCACGAGAAAGAAAAGGACAAAUCCAGGGACAGCCUGGCUCCCGGCCCCGAGCCCCAGGACGAAGAUCAGAAGGAUGCACUUCCGAGUGAAGGAGCCAGUUCAUCCCUGAGCCAGGGCGACCCUGACGCAGCCAUCUGGUUAGGAGAUUCGCUGGGAUCGAUGACUCAGAAAAGCGACGUGUCCUCCUCGUCAGGGUCCCUGAGCUUGUCUCACGGCUCCAGCUCUCUAGAGCACAGAUCAGAGGACGGCACUAUCUAUGACCUCCUGAAGGAUCCUGUCUCGCUGAGAAGCAAAGCACGCCGGGCCAAGAAAGCCAAGGCCAGCUCGGCGCUGGUGGUCUGUGGAGGGCAGGGCCACCGCCGGGUGCACAGGAAGGCCCGGCAGCCCCACCAGGAAGAGCUGGCGCCGUCCGUCAUGGUCUGGCAGAUCCCUCUGCUGAAUAUAUAAGCAGGACGGCCGCCUCCUGCUGUCGGAAUUUGCAAUCAAGGGUGACUUCUCAGCUAAUCCUACAGCCUGAGUGAUUAAGCUGUGUCUACACUGGUUGGGAAUAAAUUAAAAACAGUAUUUGGGGGAGAAACGUGCAAUAGCGUGAUGGUGGCGUCCCUGCCAAUUCCUUCGUUCUCUUCCAUACAGCAGAAGUAAUUACAAGCACUUCUCACGAAGGCAGAAGACUGAUGCAAUUUUCGAGUAAUUGAGUGCAGUUCUGGGAAAAUACCACAUUCUUUUUGACUGCUGUAGUCCAUAUAUAAAUACUAAAUGUUAAACUUAUCAGCGUCAGACGUAUUGUAUCAUAUUAGAGAAUUUGCGUACUAAGAAUUUAUGAGAAAAUAUAUGUAUUCAGUAGUGCAGGCAUUUAUUAACAAUUCUUAAAAUAAUUUUACCUGAUUCGGAUUCAUGACUUUUAUUUAUAUUCUAUAUUUUUGAAUUUCAGAAAAAAAUUUGUUAACGAUUUUAAAAGCCAGGUAACACCUACCAGUCCAGUUAGCAUGAUUUGCUUUCAGAAGUGAGCUGGGUUUUCCAAAGUGGUAUAAUGUGUGUACUGUAUAUUUUAACAAAGUAAUAUUUUUAUACUGCGUUUUUCUAUUAAAAAAAUUAACAGUUAACGUUUCAGUCAAUAUAUUAUCUGUAGCAUUUCACAAAUAAUGUUUGCUUUGAACCAAAAUGCUCAAUGCCUAUCAACAUUUGGACUCAAGCAUCAACGCCAAAUUAUUCCUCCCUUCUCGUAUAAAUAGAGUGACUAUCCACAGGAGAAACGUGUGUGCUUUAGUAUUAGAGGAGAUAGGCAGAGAAGUCUUGCUUAGUUCCUUCGUGCGGCUUCUUGCUCCUGUUGACCUGGAAUACUGUGUCUGCUUUAGCACACACGCUCCAAAUGACUCCUGGUGCUAGGCCAUGCUGGCUGCUCUCACUGAGCGGGACCCAGGCCAAGAAGCGUGACCUCAGGCCAGCCUGUCUGUUGUGCAGACGCCUCCUCCACAGAACACAUCAGUUUGUAUUCUGCAGUUGCAGAGCCAACCCCGCGUGAGAAGGUGCAUAAUGAGUGCACACCAUCAUGUCAAGGUGCAUACUUAGUGAGCUCCAUCCUGCUCAACGUGUAUUUCAAUGUUUCACUUACUGGACGGAUAACAAGAAAAAAGUCCUAACACAGGCAGUCACCAGAAAUAAAUGUCUCAGCACUUUACAGAUGACUAAAAAUGUUAAUUUUAUGACUUAGCCAAAUAUUUUCUAGGUUGCAUAUAUCCCCCAUGUGAAAGUGAUUUCUUCUCAAGCUUCUCAAACUGUUAGCUGGUCCCUGACUUCAUCAAUAAAGUAUUUUUAUUUUAAAAUGCA